GCUUCUUGUCAAAAUAGCAAGUAUGCUACUUUCAUCCUACAUACAUAAGAUAGGAGUCAAGCUCAGGAUCCAGCAGUUCUUUCAUCACCAGCAUAAAGUACAGGCUUCACCUGUAGAUAUAAGCACAUUUGGGGACAAUUUGGAGACUCUUAUUACCCACUGAGCGAUUCCGCACAGCCAAGACAUGCAUUUCUUGUUUCAUUUCACAUUGGUGCUGUCAGUCGUCCUGACCUCAGCUCUGAAAACCCUUGACUCAAAACAAGAGCUGCAGAACAGUGGAUUUGGUCAACCGCCGCCUCGCCACGGCCUCAAACUGCUAGUGUGGUAUGUUCAGAAGUGUCUGGACAACAACAUGCUGGCUCUGUGCGAUCCAACGAAAGGAGAAUAUGGAUUUCACAUGUUUCUGAAUCGAGGGCCCAGGCGGCUGCUACCGGUGAUCACUGACAAAAGACAAUACAGGUACUAUACCAUUGGAAACCUUCACUCUCCUCAUGCUGAGGACUUGCCAUAUGAAGUCAGGAAGUAUUACAACCGCAGCAACCCUGAGAGCAACAAGGACAGAGUUUUGGUGAGAUAUAACAACAACAAUAAACACAUUGAUGAGAUCUACGCAUCUGCACAUUAUAAGGCGAAAGAGACGUACAUAAUUGGCCCCAAUCUUCUUGCCUCUCUUCGACAGACAGCAGCCUUUGUUUGCAUUGAAAUGUGAUGUACAUCUGAUGACAGCUUUAACAGCUAUGUGACCUGAUGAAAUUUCAACCUUUUCCUAAACAGUCUUUACUGGAGUAUUUUGCUGUUGCCUUUGAUAAAAAUCUGAGAGGGAAAAAAUGUGCCAGACUGCUUUGAUGGCCUUAUUUCAAGGCUUGAAAUGAGGAAUAAGUGAACAUCUGUGGAACCAGAAGAGCUUGCCUGCUUGUAAUACAUACAGAAUAUGUAAUCAAUAAAAUAUGUUUUAAAAUCUAA